CGUGGGGUUCCUCGUCGCCCAUCACCAGUAGGUAUUACUGUAGUACUCACCAUCUAUUCCGUAACCACUUGUUUCGUCAGUUUCCUCGCUUUGUAAUUGACAUGACCUGACAAUGCGUGGACGUGGAGGAGGCCGAGGAGGUCAAGGAGGUAGAGCACCUUCUACGCCAUGGAGUAGCAGACUGAAGCCAGUUGAACUCGAUCCUCUCGAAUCGAUGGGAUUGCCCUCGAAAGGAGACAACAGACUACUUGACCUGAAAACCCAGGAAAGCUACUACACCAAGAUCGUCGAUCGCUACAUGAGUUUCUGCUCCGACGCUGGCGAGCGUGACGAGCUCCUGCGCCGCUUCGCCUCACUUAGCCUCCAACCAGUUGGCGACAAUCCAAGUCGGUCAGCACCAAAGAACAAGAAGCCUCCAGUUUCCAAACAGGAUGAUUCAAAAGCCCUAUCCGAUGUUCUCCAGGCGCUUAGGAAGCUGCGUGAGGGUAUUGUGGCCUCUAAACGUACCGAUGACUUCGCCAUCCAAGCCUACAUAUUCUGCAUCCGGUUAUCUAUCUUGGUCAAACACCACGAAUCCUACCACCCCGCCAUACUGCACCUAUUGCGCCGGAUACAUCCGGUUCACAGAAUGACCACGGUCGAACUAAACGAAGUGGUCUCCUAUCUUGUGCUAGAUACGGCAUGUAGGCGAAACGAUUUAGGGGAAGCAUUUGCCCUUCGACACCGGUACCAGUUAAAGGAUUCCAAGGUCAAUGCUAUCCUGGACGCAUUAACGCACGACAACUAUGUCGAGUUCAAACGCUUACGCCAGAGAGUAGAUGGACAUCGAGCCAAGUUGCUCGAGUAUGCUGAAGAGUCUGUACGGAAACACCUAUUGAAAUGUUUCAGCAGGACAUACCUUAGCGUAGAUUUAUCUUUCCUGGAGACAUCUGCUGAUUCGUCUUGGCCCCAGCUCACUGCGGAAGAUGGCGUAGGCUGGGAGUUAGAUGGAAGCAAAGUUGUUAUUCGAAAGGUCAAGGCCAAGUAAUCGUUGCUGUUAUUGAUACCCACUCACAAUUUCUCAUAUAUGAUUUGAACGGUCUUACGUGGACGAUACUAUGUUGCAA